CCCCUUCCUGUUAGCUAACGGUGCUUUUACAUGUCACACCACAUUUAGCCUCGUAGUUCUUUGAUAUAUUUCUCAGUCUGCACUACUUUUUCCAUAAAACGCAAAUAUGGCAGAGGCCAUUCAAAGGAAGCUGAAAGCGGAAUUAGACAAAUAUACACAGAUUCAAAAAGAUAUUAGCAAGAGCAUGUCAGCCAGACAGAAGCUGGAGACGCAGCUGACAGAGAACAAUAUUGUCAAAGAGGAGCUGGAUCUGCUGGACAGCACAAACACCGUUUAUAAGCUUAUUGGCCCAGUUCUAGUGAAGCAGGACCUGGAUGAGGCCAAAGCUACGGUCACGAAAAGGCUGGAGUACAUCAACGGAGAGAUUCAAAGGUAUGAAACGCUCCUGAAAGAAAUGGAAAAGAAAUCUGAACAGCAUCGAGAAGUCUUGUCCAGUUUGCAGCAGGAGUUUCAGAAAGCUCAGGGUCUGACUGGCAAAGUCUGACCAAGUGAUCCAGCUGCAUGCUCUCUCUCUCUCUCUCUCUCACACACACACACACACACACACACAGAUGAAAGGAGAUGGGGAGAAGGGGUUAGUCAUAAUGUAAUGUAAACCUACAACAUAAAGCUGAGUAAGUUCUGCUUGUAUCUUUUCAUUUCUAGCGUUGACUUUUCUCUUGUUACUAAUAAACAUGUUUUUCAUGAAAGGUCA